UGCGCAGCGAUCAACUUGAGAAUUAAUGGUAACUGCUACCGUGGCCGUCGGUGUGGUCGAUGUUGUUACCGUAGUGAUGAUGGUGGUGGUGGUGUUGGUGGUCGCAGUGGUAAUGUAAUAAUGGCAGUGGUAGAUGAAGUGGUCGAUGUCGUCGUCGUUUAUAUUAUGUGUUGAUGGGUGUGUGGCCGGUGGGUUGUUGAAUGUGAAUGCAGCUGCGGCGUUUUGGGAGACGCGAAGCGAGAGGAAAGCUAAAGAACAAGCCGCCGGAGAGAGGAGAGGGAGGAAGAGAAGGAAGAAGGCUGGAGUAGAGAAGGAGGAAGAAAGAGGAGGAGGGAAGAGGAGGAGGGAGGACGGGAGGAGAGGAUGGGAGAGGGAGAGAGGAGAAGGGAGAGGGAGAGAGCAUAGACCGACACACUAUGCAAACAGUUACGUGUAGAAAGUUAAGCAAAAUACCUCCUGGCCAGAGCAGACGAGUUGAUCAGGGUUCGACUCCUAGACAGAGGUAGGUAUGCUAAGUGUGCACAUGUUCUACCUAUCUGCCGAUGUUUUGCGGGCAGUUCGCGACAAUUAUAAGGUGGAAGGACGC